AUGCUGCCGCCGACCGCGACCGUCUUCCACCCCCGCCUCGUCGCCGUGCCCCCCAUGCUCCCGCACAAACCACCGUACCUCCCCACCAUCCAGCUCGACGAGGUCCCCGCCCCGCCCCGCGCCCUCAAGGCCAUGACCUCGUCCGCCGGCCUCUCCUCCUCCUCCUGGUCGUCGUCCCGCUCCGACGACUUUACCGCCACCGACGAAGACGACGACGACGACGACGAGUCGGACUCGCCCUGCUCGUCGUACUGCUCGUCCGACGACGAGUGCCCGCAAGACGUCCAGAUGGACGCCGCUGCCACCCACCCUAUAUUCACCGCCGACGACGACGACUCGUUUGCGCGUCGGAUGAACCGCAUCUUCGCAUGGCGCGAAGCCAGCGCAAAAGCCAUGGGUACCAUCGUACCAUCACGCGCACGCUCGUAUUCACCGCUCAAGCGCAAACUUUCCGACGACGACUGCAUGGACACCGCUUCCGAUACCUCAUCCAGCUCGAAGCGGGCACGUAGCAUCCACUCCUGCGCAGCGUGCGACGAGUGCUUUGCCACCCUCGAGAGCCUUUCAAUGCACGGACGGGACGGACGUGCGAACGAAGCGUGUCGUGCCGCCGUCGCCUACGGGCUCGCACAGUCAUGACAAUGAACUUCGCCCGCUAGUACUCGUCGCCCCGUCCUCACGCCGACCCGGAUCCUUCGUUCAGCAGCAAUCGACUCGUCCGCACCCACCACGCAAUGACUUAUUCCUCUCUCACACCGGCAUGCGCAACUGUAUCAUCAUCACCACCACGCCCCUAUGAUACGAUACCUACGCUUAACUGCAAUUUUGUGUAUAUUAUUCCCAUCCGCGCUUUCCC